GUGGCGUGAUCUGUGCAGUGGCCCAUUUUUUUUGGUCACCAUCGACGUGGCCGAAGAUACUUUUUUGGACAGUGGCUGUUCGUCCAGAACAGCGCAGCAUUCACUCGUCGCUGUGUGCACCGGCAUCGACGUCCUCCACCGCGCCGCACUUGAUUCCUCGUGGUACAUCAGGAUUGCACUGCUGAUCCCGGAAAAGCAAUGUUCGCCGCGUGGGAGAUCUACUGGCUUCUGAAAGAGGUCUACUCGGACAAGGGCGAAGACAAACCUUCCAAGGACUCUAAACCCGACAAGUCGGACAAGUCGGACAACAUGGUGGACCAGGCAACUCUCGACAAGCUUGAGGCCGGCUUCAAGAAGCUGCAGGAGGCCAAGGACUGCAAGUCGCUGCUUAGGAAGUACCUCAACAAGGAUGUCUUCGACAAGCUCAAGACCCGCAAGACCGCUAUGGGUGCCACCCUUCUGGACGUCAUCCAGUCGGGCGUCGAGAACCUGGACAGUGGCGUCGGCCUGUACGCGCCCGACGCCGAGGCGUACACCCUGUUCGCCGAUCUGUUCAACCCGGUGAUCGAGGACUACCACGGGGGCUUCAAGUCCACCGACAGGCACCCGCCCACCGACUUCGGUGACCUCAACACGCUCGUCAACCUGGACCCCGAGAACAAGUUCGUCGUCUCCACCAGGGUCCGCUGCGGUCGCUCGUUGCAGGGCUACCCGUUCAACCCUUGCCUGACCGAGGCCCAGUACAAGGAGAUGGAGGAGAAGGUCAGCUCGGCCCUGCGAGGCCUGGAAGGCGAGCUCAAGGGCACCUACUACCCGCUGACCGGCAUGGACAAGAAGACGCAGCAGCAGCUCAUCGACGACCACUUCCUCUUCAAGGAGGGCGACCGCUUCCUGCAGGCGGCCAACGCCUGCCGCUACUGGCCCACCGGCCGAGGUAUCUUCCACAACGACAACAAGACCUUCCUGGUGUGGUGCAACGAGGAGGACCACCUGCGCAUCAUCUCCAUGCAGCAGGGAGGCGACCUCAAGCAGGUGUUUAGCCGCAUGGUGAACGGCGUGAAGGAGAUCGAGAAGAAGCUGCCUUUCUCGCGCGACGACCGGCUCGGAUUCCUGACCUUCUGCCCCACAAACCUGGGCACCACCAUCCGUGCCAGCGUGCACAUCAAGCUGCCCAAGCUGGCCGCCGACAAGGCCAAGCUCGACUCCAUCGCCGCCAAGUACAACUUGCAAGUGCGAGGCACACGCGGCGAACACACGGAAAGCGAGGGCGGAGUGUACGACAUCUCCAACAAGCGCCGCAUGGGACUGACCGAGUACCAGGCCGUCAGGGAGAUGCAGGACGGCAUUCAAGAGCUUAUCAAGCUUGAGCAAGCCGCCUAGAGGGGGCGCCACAAGUCACCACCACCUCUGCCCUUCCCCUCCUCUCCACUACCCCGAAUUCGCGCGCUGCUGCGCGCGCUGUAAGCCACAACGGUGCGAUUGGUGCCGGAAAACGGCUGCUGCGGGAGUAACACGCCACCCGGGUGCAGCUGUCGGUGCCCGGCUGGAGGGGUAGCAGUCGAUCAGCCUUCAUUUUGUGCCUGGCGAUGAUCCCCAGGGAUGUGCGCGUCAGGUCACCGUAGGUCACAGGCCGCACCAUGUUGAGCUGAUCAUAUUGAAGCUACCGGUUCUGCAUGCUCAGCUAGAGAGGUCAUUUAUUGGGUAAAAAAAAUCUCCAGGAGCACCCGUGUACCUAGAUUUAGGUGCGUGCUGAGCGGACGCAUUCUCCCGCGGAUAUAUCUAAGGCGCGCGCGUGUCUAACGGUCACUGCUCUUGAGUGAAACAACGAAGUCCGAAGCAUGGAUUGCAGGCUACAACCAGGCUCUUAACCUAACCUUGUAAAACACUUCUGCGUACGCUUCCGAAUACUUGCUCAGUUCAGGCUUACGUCACUGCAAUUGACCACGGUUGCUUUAAAAGCCUGUAGGUGUUAAAGGUCAGGUCACAAUUAGAUUGCAAGCAAUGUCGGCCUGAAAUUGUCCAAGUUCGUUCUUCUUAAACCCAUGUGCCACCUUUCAGAAAACCAGGACGGAAUAAGACGGGAAUGCCAAGACUACUUUAAUGCUGCGCCAUUUCAUUUGUGGUUGUGACUACUGCUAUAUUACUGCCCAGUCGCAGCGAUGUCUAGUUUUCUAUACACGGAUAUACCUGCAUGAAGCUCACUCCACCCAGUGGCCAUACAAGGUGUCCGCAGCUGGUGUGGCGCAAAGGGAAUCCAUCUCAAUGAUGGUAGCACUUUCGUGCCGAUUGCGUCAAAGAACUCGUCAGUUACGCUGGCAACCAGCAUUCGGGUUUAUUUCCCCUAUUUCUGUGACGUUGCUGAAACGGGAUAUAGUAUACUUCGCACCCUCAGUCGUUCGGUGACAGUUCAUUCCUACCAAAAUGAAGGUUGACCGCAUUCCUACUCCAGCCGACAUCAACGGGGCCCCCAAUAUCUCACUGCAAUUCCACAGACGACCCUCUCUCUCUCUCCCAGACACCGGCUAGCGCUCAUCCCGGCUUCCAUAAAAGCACCCCUGGAACGGAACAACAGUUCUAAGAUCGCCAAAGUUUCCGAGAGGACCACCCGCGGUUUUCAGAAGCGAGAAACACGAAAAAUGCAGCGUGCUCUAAACCCAGUCACUUUUUGUUUUCUUUUUGUAUAGGCUCGCAGUAUAACGCUUCACAACGCGCUAGAACAAACAGAGAGGCUUCAGCGAAAUGCUGUUUCCUAUUUUUCGAGGGAAAGAGGCGGCAAGACCGCACUGUGGCUGUGGGGACGUGCAAGACUGAGAAGGAACUCCUUCCUUGGUGCUGCUAUUUUUGCGAACGAAACGAGAUGAUGUGUGAGUGGUGCCGUAGCGUCGUUUAUUUUUUUUUUUCCCCCGCUGGUUUCUUCGUAGCCUGCAGCGUAUACUGUAGCCGCCUAUUGAGCAAGACUCUAGCCAACACUCGCCCUUUCUUUUGUCUUCUUGUUUCGUUACCUCUUCGAGAGGAAGACAGACAUAACUCGCCAUAUAGCCUCGACUCUAGUCAGCACACAUAGGCAUGCUCAAAGGGAAAACACGCCAGGCACAGCAGCUUCCGAGCCGCGUUCCAGUCACUGGCGCAGCUGCGGUUGACGGCGCCGCUAUUUUUCUUGGCGGGAAGCCCAACGAAAGGUUUGUCCGACGGACGACGUCAAUAAAGUACCGAUAAAGAGAACAAA